ACACAAGACAACCUCAAGAUCACUCACUGCAAAACCUCUGCCAUGACAAUGGCCUUAUCUUCAUCCCCACGGUCUCCAGCAGUCCUCACAGCCUCUCAAUUCUCAACUCACUCACCAUUUCCAAAACUCACCACCUCUCACUUCUUCUUCUCUACUGCUAAACCCUCCAACCAAACCAGCUACUUUAACCUUUCUUCAAGCUACUCCACCAUUGAUAGAUCAUGGAGCGCUAAGGUUUCUUUCUUUCCUGCUUUCUUGAAUAAGGGAAAGAGUGCUAAGGUCCUCAAGGAGGAACUUCUUGAUGCCAUUGAUUCCCUUGAUCGUGGAGCAGACGCCUUUCCUGAAGACCAACAAAGAGUUGAUGAGAUUGCUCGGAAGCUUGAAGCAGUGAAUCCGACAAAGGAGCCAUUGAAAUCUGGUUUACUAGACGGGAAAUGGGAGCUUCUAUACACGACUUCACAAUCUAUUUUGCAAACACAAAGGCCAAAGCUCUUAAGAUCCAGGACAAACUACCAAGCAAUCAAUGCUGAUACACUUAGGGCCCAGAACAUGGAAUCUUGGCCAUUCUUCAACCAGGUAACUGCAGAUUUAACACCUUUGAGUGCAAAAAAAGUUGCUGUAAAGUUCGAUGUUUUUAAGAUUCUUGGUCUGAUACCAGUUAAGGCACCAGGAAGAGCUCGUGGUGAGCUGGAAAUCACUUAUUUGGAUGAAGAAUUACGAGUAUCCAGGGGUGACAAAGGAAACCUGUUUGUCUUGAAAAUGGUUGAUCCAUCCUACCGUGUUCCUGUCUGAUCAUGAUUGACCAUAUUGUUCUUGUAAUCGACCCGUAAUGCCUCCCUUUUGCAUUUUAAUUGUUCUGGCCAUGUAACAGACUGCUGCAGGUUUUCCUUCGACACAUUUCCUAGCCGUAUUAGUCUGUUGCGAGUAUAAUGUAAAUUUUGAUUCUUGACUGUAUAUGCUUACACUUUCUAUUUUUCUUUUUUUUUU